AUGUACCAGGACCACCGCCACUGGUGGUGGCGCGGCCACGAACGGCACGACGUCGGAGGCAUCAGUUCUCCUCCCCUCCUCCGGCCAGACUCCGCGAGCGAGGAGGAGCAGCAGCAGCACAACGACGACGACGGCGACGACGGCGAGGACAAGGAAAAUCGGGACCCGUCCUCUCUCCCCCGCCGCCGCCACGCUGCUGCGGCCGCACCUCCCGACCGGAAGGUUCCUCCUCCUCCUUCUCCGGCGGCGGCGGCGGCUGCCGUGGCAUCAUCGGUGGUGUCUGUGCUCGCCGCCGGCGGGGGAGAGGAGGGGCACCGGACGGAAGCACACAUGGAUGAGGACUACGACGACGACGACGAUGACGAAGAGGACGACGAAGAGGAGUCCAAGCAAGAGGACGACGAGGUGGAGGGGCCGGCGUGGGCUCUGCCGCCCGAGGUGUGGGUUCUGGUGUUCCAGCAGCUGCCGGCCCGCGACGUGUGCGCUUGCCGCCUCACCUGCACCCGCUGGCACGGCCUCGCCUCCGACGGGGUCGUGUGGCGCCACCUGUACGGGCGGGAUUGGGGCCACCAUCACCACCACCACCACGGGCAGACGCAGCACAGUGCCGACGGUUGCCUGCCCGCGAAGGCCGGCCUGUGGCGGGAAGCCUACCUACAGCGGUGGGUGGAGUCGGCCGCCACGGCAGCGGCGGAGCUCCACGACGCGGCCAACGCCGCCACGACGGCGUUGGCGUCGGAGGCGGGGCCGGGCAGCAGCGCUGACGUGGAGCGGACGAGCGGGCCAAAGCGGCCGCGGUGCUAUGGGGGACACCACAGGCGAGGCGAGGGCCCGAUCCUCCUUGGUCGGCGUCGCCAGCCGGCAGGGCCAUGGGAGGACGCCGAUCACCACCGCCGCCAAGAAGAGGAGGAAAGGGGCAGGCCGCGCCCGGCCAAGCGCAGCAAACCGCAGCGGCGCAACCACGACGACGAGGAAGAGCAGCAGCAGCAGCAGCAGCAGCAGCAGCAGCAGCAGCAGGCCGAGUGGCGGGAGGCCAUGCUGCGGGCCUACUUUGCCGCCAUCGACCGGGAGAGCCUGACUGAGGCCGAUGAGUAG